AUGCCGCAACCUCUUGCCUCCAAGGAGGCCUCGCUUUUCCGUUCCGUCAUCCGAUACUAUGAAGACAAACAAUACAAGCGUGGAAUCAAGUCCGCCGAGCUUAUUCUCAAGAAGCAUCCCAAACAUGGGGACACCACUGCUAUGAAGGCUUUGAUUUUGAAUGCGCAAGGCAAGACAGAAGAGGCUUUCGCUUUGGGGAAAGAAGCUCUGACUAUGGACAUGAAGUCGCACAUCUGCUGGCACGUCUACGGUCUGCUGCACCGGGCAAACAAGAACUUCGAAGAGGCUAUCAAGGCAUACAAAUUUGCUCUCCGACUGGAACCCGACUCAGCACAAAUCCAGCGUGAUCUGGCCAUCCUACAAAUUCAAUGUCGCGAUUACCAGGGCUACAUUCAGAGUCGAACUGCUAUGCUCCAGGCCCGACCCCAAGCACGCCAAAGCUGGACCGCUUUGGCUAUUGCUCACCAUCUUUCCGGUAGCCCCGCCGAAGCCGAAAAGGUCAUGAACACCUACGAGGAAACACUGAAGACGAAGCCCUCUAAAUUCGAUAACGAGCAUUCGGAAGCAAUCAUGUACAAAAAUUCUUUGAUUGCUGAGCAAGGGGAUUACGAACGAGCUCUUGAGCAUUUGAAUACUGCUGCUAAGCAAAACCUCGACCGGCUGGCUGUCAUGGAGGCUCGUGCUGAAUAUCUUCACAAGCUAGGCAGGAAGGAAGAGGCUGCAAAGGCUUACCGCGCUUUACUCGACCGUAACUCGGAGCAUCCCAUCUACUAUGAGAAACUUCUCGAGGUUCUGGAAGUUCCAGAGGACGAUGUCAAGACUCGCAAAGCUGUUUAUGAUGAAUAUGCUAAGAACUUACCUAGGUGUGAUGCUGCACGCCGGCUCCCAUUGGAUUUUCUUUCCGGUGACGGCUUUAAACAAGCUGCCGAGGCCUAUCUGACCUUGAUGCUUAACAAAGGAGUUCCAUCCACGUUUGCAAACCUCAAGCACCUGUAUUCCGACUCUUUCAAGAAGGAGACCCUUCGCGAACUGGCUGAAAAUUACCUGAACUCCCAGAACGCGGAUUCCGAGAGCAAAGACAAGGGAGAGGCGGCGGCGCUUUACUAUCUUGCACAGCACUACAAUUACUAUCUUAGUCGCGACUUGGCGAAAGCCAUGGAGUAUGUCGACAAGACAAUCGAGAAAGACCCCAAGAGCGUCGAUUAUGCCAUGACCAAAGCCCGAAUUAUUAAGCACGGCGGUGAUCUGCAGGAAGCCUCCAAGGCGAUGGACCGAGCCAGGAAGCUUGACCUCAAGGAUAGAUACAUCAACACAAAGGCUGCUAAAUACCAGCUUCGCAACGACGAGAACGAAAAGGCUCUCAAGACGGUUGGGCUUUUUACUCGCGCAGAGACUGUGGGUGGCCCUUUAGCCGACCUCUUGGAUAUGCAGAGUGUUUGGUUCUUGACAGAAGACGGCGAAGCAUACGCGCGCCAGGGCAACAUUGCACUGGCCCUCAAGAGAUUCAAGCAAAUUUUCACCAUCUUUGAGGUGUGGCAAGAGGAUCAGUUUGACUUCCACAGCUUCUCUCUGCGCAAGGGACAGAUUCGCGCCUACAUCGACAUGGUGCGAUGGGAAGAUCACAUCCGCGACCACCCUUUCUUUUCCCGUGCUGCUCUGGAUGCAGUUGAGAUCUAUCUCAAGCUUGCUGAUAAGCCUUCAGCAAAUGGUGUCAACGGGACUGAUGGUGAAGAUGCUGAGGAUUCUUUGGCCAAAAAGAAGGCUGCCAAAAAGGCAAGGAAGGAGCAGCAGCGCCUUGAGAAGGAGGCGGCCGAGCAACAGGCCAAGCAAGAUCCUAAUAAGGCCAGCAAGGAGGGCGAGGUAAAGAAACAAGACGAUGAUCCUUUCGGAUUGAAGUUGGCCGAAACUACCGAUCCUCUCGGCGAUGCCAUGAAGUAUAUCAACCCUCUGCUUCAGUUUAGCCCCAAGAACAUCAACGCUCAGUUUGCUGGCUUCGAGGUUUAUAUGCGCCGCACUGCAUCGGCACUUGAUCCCAAAUCACCCCGAGUGCAUGAACAUACUGUGGCAUUUGCUCAGCUGCUGAAGACAGCAACUGAUAUCGAACCCAAGGUUUUUGAAGUGUUGAAAGCUGAGUUCAACACGGUGGACCCAUCUACGGACUUGGUCAAGUUUAACGACGAGUUCUUGACGGUCAACAAGGACAGCCCUAGGCACGUUCUUUCCGCUGUCAAGGUACAGAAGCUACUGGGCCAAGACAAAACCAAGAGCGAGGAAGGUGUUUGUAGCAUCUUGGAUAUCCCUAGUGCCACUUAUGAGGAUGCCAUAGAGGGCCUUGAGGUGCUCAAGAGCUGGAGGAGCUCCCAGGAGUCUUACAAGAAGGCUGCUCAACAGAAGUUCCCUAACGUAACAAGACUAGCAUAA